AUGAGAGGGAAAUGUGAGCCACCAAAUAAGACUAAAAAAUCCACUAUAGAUACCGUUGACAGGUUCAUCAAAAAUUUACCAGCUGUACCUUCGCACUAUUGUCGUCAAGACUCAAGCAAAGUUUACCUUCCCCAAGAAUAUAAAAAUGUCACCAACUUGUAUAAACUUUACAAGCAGCAUUACGUGAGUCAGGGUGUGGACGUAGUAAGUGAUAGAAUUUUUCGUAAAAUAUUUCAAGAUAAUUUUAACAUUGGAUUCCAUGUACCUAAAAAAGAUAAGUGCCUUAAGUGUCUUCAAUACGAAAAUAAUAAUAAUCCCGAAAAGCAAAGAGAAAAGGAAGAACAUGAAACAGAAAAAGAAGAAAGUUUUAAAGUUCACAAAAAUAUUCAUAAGGAUGAUCCUUCAACUCUUUGUGCUAGUUUUGAUCUCGAAAAAGUACUUAACACACCCUAUGCACAAUCUAUGCUUUUGUACUACAGUAGAAAACUAGCUGUGUACAAUUUGUGUGUUUAUGAAAAUGGAACUCGUAAAGUUUUCUGUUACUACUGGGAUGAGAGCAAUGGUAAGCGUGGCGCUAACGAGAUUGCAUCUAUAUUACACAAAUAUAUUCAAUCGGUAGAUGCCAGAGGAAACGUCACUCGAUUACUUCUGUAUUGUGACUGUUGUCCGGGCCAAAAUCGUAACCGUAUUGUGUUGGCAAUGUUGCAUUCAUCAUUACAGGAGUGUAAAAAUAUCGACACUAUUCAAAUAAACUUUCUCUUGACUGGACACACUUACAUGCCCGUAGAUACAGUGCAUGCUAUUAUUGAAAACAGAUUAAAGAAUACAACUGUUUACGCACCAUCACAAUGGUUUACAGUUUUUGCAACUGCUAGACAAGAACCAGCGCCUUUCGAGGUAGAAAGACUGAGUUAUGAAGAUUUUUAUAGAUGGGAUAGUAUUAGUGACAAAUAUUAUAAAGGCAACUUAACUGGAAAAAUAAGCAAGAUCCGAAUUAUGACUUUCAGAAAAGACAAGCAAAGCGUUAAAUAUAAAACAUCUAUGAAUCCUACUGCAGCUUCCUUUGAUAUUGAAGUUCAGUCUAAAACCAAGGUAACUCUUUUACCUUGUUAUCGAUCGCAACUUCCCAUAUCAAAAGCUAAAUAUGACGAUUUAGUCAAACUUUGCGUGGACAAAGUUAUUCCUAAUUGCUUCAAACAUGAAUUUGUGAACAUUCCACGCGCAACAAAUGUUAAAGGUUGUCUACCCGAAUCAGACAUUAAAGAUUGUGAUAUUAAUAUUUAG